GUCGCGACGCCAGGCGUCGACGUCGCGUCGUUACUUACCCGCUCGGCCUCUCGGAAUGUUCUUCGCUUGGGAAACCUUUUAAAGCAUACAAAGUGACUAACUUUAGUGAAACAUUUUUUUUUUUUCGGGAAAAUUAAGACUUGAAGACUAUUUUUCUUAUGUACUCAUGGGAUACUUAAUUACGAGAAAAUGGCACUGAUCAGAUGUUGCCUGGAGGCGGAAGUACCUGACGUCUUCAAAUCUUUACGGAAGUGCACUGACCCUGGCUGCUGUUGCUGGUGCUGUUCUGCAUUACGCCCACGAUAUAAAAGACUUGUCGACAAUAUCUUCCCAGUCAACCCUCAGGAUGGCUUGGUCAAAAAUAAUAUGGAAAAAUUGACCUUUUAUUCCUUAAGCAGUCCUGAAAAACUAGACAGAAUUGGGGAAUAUUUGUUUCAAAGGGCUUCCAGGGAUAUUUACAGGAGAAGAAAUGGAUUCGUUGUUAUUGCUAUGGAAGCAAUGGAUCAACUUUUAGUAGCAUGCCACGCACAGACAUUGAAUUUAUUUGUUGAAAGUUUUUUAAAAAUGGUACAGAAGCUGUUAGAAUCAACGGAUCCCCAGUUACAAAUAUUGGCAACUCAGUCUUUUGUCCGGUUUGCCAACAUCGAGCAGGAUACGCCGUCUUAUCACACACGUUACGAUUUCUUUGUAUCAAAAUACUCUGCGAUGUGCCACUCCAAUAACAAUGACCCUGCAAUCUGCAAACAAAUCCGGCUUGCUGGAAUUCAGGGAUUACAAGGUGUCGUAAGAAAAACGCUUUCCGACGAUUUGGUAGAAAAUAUUUGGGAACCUGUUCACAUGGAUAAGAUCGUUCCGUCGUUGUUAUAUAACAUGCAAAAUUCAAGAUAUUCAAAUAAAGAAGAUGCAACACCAGACAGUCCAACGGAAGAAAGAACUGAUCCACCACAGUUUGCCGAAACUUGUAUGCGUGAACUCGUUGGACGAGCAUCGUUUGGUCACAUUAGAUGUGUUAUUAGACCAGUUCUAAGGCAUUUAGAUAAUCACCAAUUAUGGGUUCCUAAUUAUUUUGCGAUCCACACGUUUAGGAUAAUUAUGUUUUCUAUUCAGUCCCAAUAUUCUUAUACGGUUGUAGAAGCGCUGAUGAUUCAUCUCGAUGAUCAUUCAAAAUCAUCCCCAAAGAUUCGGACGAGUAUCGCGGAUACAUUAUCUAAAAUUAUUUCGAUAGCAGCUGGCGAAAGUGUCGGUCCGUCUGUGUUGGAGAUAAUAAACUCUUUAUUAUCUCAUCUUCGAGUUAGCGUAACAAGAAAUCAGUCGUCUAGUAAUGACGAACAGUUAUAUCAGGAAGCACUUAUUAAUGCCCUUGGAGAAUUCGCAAAUCAUCUUCCGGAUUAUCAGAAAAUUGAAAUUAUGAUGUUUAUUAUGAGUAAAGUCCCAUACAGUCAACCGGAUCGUAUUGUUUCGGUUGGGAAGGGAGAUGUAUUACUUCAAAGUAUCCUUUUGAAAUCUCUAUUAAAGGUCGGUACAAAAUAUCAGACUAUACAUCUGAAUACAACAUUUCCACCAAGUUUUCUGGAACCGCUGUUAAGGAUGUCGUUGGCAGCGGAUGCUGAAAUGCGACUUUUAGUACAAAAAAUCUUUCAUACUUUGAUCGACAGGCAUCAGAAUAUUACAAAACUUGCCAAACCUACAGUAAAUAUUGCGCAACUUGAUUUGACAAUCGAAAAAGCAUCACGACCAGAUGUUAUCUUUAUUCGUAAACAUGGCCCUGAAAUUUAUUUAGCGUUAUACGAAUCAUUAGAAUUGGCAAGCAACAAAGUUGAAAACGUGGAGUCCAUAUAUACAACGUUGGCAUUGCUUGCCGUGGAAUUGGCUUCGGAGGAAACAGUAUUAGAGCUGCUAAGAUUAGUACUCAGUCUUCAAGAUUUAGCUUUAACAAGUGGCCAAAUCAGUAUUUCGCUGAAAUUUAACUUGCACGCCAUUGUAAUCAAUUUGUUGGUACUAAUAUCAUACGUUUGUAAUAUUACUUCGCUCAUGGAUUAUGCAAACAAAAUUGUAGAAAUACGACGAAAGGAAGCACCGCAUCUUUUACCUGAUUUGCAGUCUCAGUAUGAUACUGGUUUAUCUACUAGAUUAACCCCGGCUUUAUUAGUUGAUCAAACUGUUUUAAGCGAAUGUUUGAAAGGAGCUGGUCUCGACAGUGGAAAAUUGCAACAUGGAUCUGGUUAUAGUACGGUUUCGCUACAACAUCGACAUUCAUGGGUUGAUAGUGCUGGACGAAACUCGUUAGCUGAUAUUAAUUCUGGUGCCACGGAAUUGGACAGCGGCGGAUCAUCUCCUGGCGUUCAGAAGAAAUUACAAGGCGAAGAAUUGACUUUCGAAAGUAUGAAGAGAAUUCUGACGGAAAAUAAUAACAAUCACAUAAUAGCGGAAGAAAAACGGAUACAAUUAUCGCACUUCUUUAGAAACGCACCAUUCCAAGACUUGGUAUCAAAGACACAACCAAAGCAUGACGUUUUACAAAGUAAACUGUCUGAAAUAUUCAAUACAUUGUCUGUCGAUCCACGAAAUACAACUCAAGGAGGACCACCGACAGAUACCAAGCCAAGUCAAGCGCCGGCUUACGAAAUACAUUUUCCCGAAUUAUUUGUCUAUUAAAGCUUAUUUGUGUAACUGCUGCUGUGGAUUAACUCUACUGUGUUGAACGAUUAACUACGAUUGUCGCGUGACACCUAUAAUUAACGUAAGUUAUUUAUCUUUGUUAUCUUGAAACUAUGUAAAAAAAUAUUUUUACAUAGACCCACUUUGUUAAUUUCAAUAUUUAUGUGAAAUAUUUGAUCGCGCGUGUUCAUUUUUUUAUGUUUCUGAUAUGAUAUUUAUUACUAUGUUGAUUUCAGUCAUAUAUACUAUUUCAAUUUCGGUAAGUUUAUUGUAUAUUAUAUUUGUAAAUAUACAUUGAUUAAAUUAAAAAAAUAAUUAUUUAAUUA